GACCCAUCUCUUGAACGCUAACUCUCGUCAUUGGCCCUUGCUGACCUUCGUAUUCGACUUAUGGAUGAAUGACAUUGUUUGUGAACAGCUAGGACCGUCGCUAUGAACUGCCCCUUAGCGAGUUUGAUUAGUCUAUUUUUGUCAAAAAGCUGAAAUUUUUUAAGGAGGUCUGAUGAUGAGGUACCCACGGAUCUUCGUCUCCAAUUUAAAGCUAAGAACAGGUACAGUGUUGAGUACUGUUAACCGUGCCUGUUGUUUACUUCACACUCGUUUUUGGAUUACUGAAGCUCUUCGGAGUAUUACUCACAAGAAACCAUGGCUCACCCUGCGCAAUGCUACCUACCAAGGUUCAGUCCUUCCUCUUGUGGACCUAGACGGCCCGUUUCGAUGAAAGUCAGGACGACGCCGUCGCAAAAUCUGGAAUUACUGGCUGCCUGGCGCCAGGAAAAAAUCCACUCGCUUCUCCAAACUGCGUGGGCCCUCCUUCUCUACCGCUAUAUCGGAUCUAAAGAUGUUUGCUUUGGCUAUCAAUACCUUGAUGGCUCUGACACCGCAAACCCGUCCACCUUCAGUCUCACCAUCAACGAAGAUGAUUCUCUCCGAGGAGUCCAAAGUAAAGUGGCAGACGGGAGUGGUCUGGCCCAAGAGUUCGGGGCAGACGCAGAGUCGGAUUUGGGCCAUGAUGGCUACAUGCUAUAUAAUACUGUCUUAAUGAUACGCAUCUGUUGCGAUUCGUCAAAUGACAUCGGAAACGCUUCUCUACAGCCAGUUUUGGCUAUGACUCUGCCAGACAAGACCCGCGUCAGACUCCAUGUGAAAAUCAUGGAGGACGAUGUCAGUGUAUUCUUGGAAACCUGGAACGACGAGAUUUCCACGGAGCAAAUGAAAAGUAUCACCAAUUACUUUGAGAAGACGAUGACUCAAAUCCUGUCCGGAGAAGACAUUGCGGUGGCAGCUUUAGAUCGGUUUACGGCACAGGACUGGUCCCGAGUCUGCAAAUUUAACACAGCGAUCCCGGAAUGCCACGAUUGUUGUAUACACGAAAAGGUUUAUGAACAGGUGCUCCUACGACCGGACAGCGAGGCUGUAUGCGCCUGGGACGGGAGUUUGACUUACCGUGAAUUGGAUGUCUUGGCUUCCCGGAUUGCUUUACAUCUCCAGGGCCAGGGAGUUGGGCCAGAGGCCCGCGUUGCGCUCUGUUUCGAUAAAUCCAAAUGGUACACUGUUGCCGUGCUGGCUGUUCUGAAAGCUGGAGGUGCCUUCGUGCCUCUUGAUCCGACGCAUCCAACAUCCCGACUGCAAUCUCUAGUGAAAUCCGUACGAGCGGAAAAAUUAAUAUGCUCCAGGAGACACGAAGAGAAUAUGAAAGCCGUCACGGAGAACAUUCUGCCAUUGGAUGAUGAAGCCAUGAAAGAGCUCCUGGCUCUUCCUGAAGAGGGAGCGCUUUCAGCAGAAGUAAAAGGUCACAAUGCGGCUUAUGUGAUAUUUACGUCUGGCUCCACAGGAGAGCCGAAGGGCACCCUGGUAGAGCAUAGAGCAUAUGCUUCUGGCGCAGCCGCGCACGCACCCCAGCUUCGUAUCGAUCACAAUUCAAGAGUACUGCAAUUCGGCGCACACACAUUUGAUGCCAGUGUCCUCGAAAUCUUGACCCCAUUAAUACAGGGUGGUUGCGUAUGUGUGCCAAGUGAGCAACAACGAUUGAACGAAAUCGUCCAAGUGAUCAACGACAUGGGUGUGAACCUUGCUUCUUUGACGCCAACUUUUAUUACGUUCAUUGACCAGUCAAAGGUGCUGGGCUUGAAAACACUCAUUCUAGUGGGAGAGUCAAUGUCUCUCUCGCACUUGAACAUAUGGUCUAAGGUUGAGCUUAUCAAUGGUUUUGGCCCAACCGAAUGUUCCGUUGCGGCGGUCUUGAACAAUAAGAUGACGCGGUUCUCAGACUGCAGGGACAUCGGUCUUCCCGUUGGGGUUCGCCCCUGGUUAGUGGAUCCCGAGGACCAUGACAAACUUGUUCCCGUUGGCUGCGCGGGAGAAUUGAUUCUAGAGGGACCAACGCUUGCCCGUGGCUACAUCAACAACCCUGAAAAAACCGCAGAAGUGUUUAUUCACAAUCCAGUUUGGGCCAACAGUGAGGGUGAAACCCACUCGGACCGGAGAUUCUACAAAACUGGUGACCUGGUAAGAUACAAUUCGGAUGCUGGCUCGCUGACAUAUAUAGGAAGAAAGGACAGACAAAUCAAGCUCCACGGACAGAGAAUUGAACUCGGGGAGAUUGAAGAUAAUCUCAAUACCGACCCUGCCGUUAAAAAUUGUCUAGUUUUCUUUCCGAAGUCGGGAGUUUACGAGGGCAAACUAGUGGCUGUCUUAUCUUUGUCUACGGACGGGGAUACUAAAACAGAAACAGAAAAAGUGCCUCUUAAGCUUCUGGACCAUUCAAUUAAAACGACAGCUGUUACCGAUAUUCGACAUCGCUUAUCAUCACGAUUGCCGACAUACAUGAUUCCAAGUGGCUGGUUAUGUGUUGAGGCCUUGCCUCAGCUUGCAUCCUGUAAGCUCGACCGAAAGACCAUUGCAAACUGGGUUGCAGGCAUGGAAGAGGUCCCUGGUCAGGACCCAUCUAGGCUUCGCAACGAUUCAAGCCAAGAGGUUGUUCGAUCCACAAAUGAGAAAGAGGACCAACUGGCCUCCAUAUGGAGCCGCGUCCUUAACAUUCCCAAGAGCCAGAUAAGUCUCGAAGAAAGCUUUCUGAGUCUAGGUGGAGACUCCAUUGCUGCUAUUACUUGCAUGGGAUUUUGCAAGAAGCAUGGCCUUGGAGUUACAGUGCAAGAAGUGCUUCGAAGCAAAUCAAUUAGGGUUCUGGCAACACAGGUAACAGAAAUAAGCCAGCCUACAGUUUACGAAGAAACGAUCGAAGAACCAUUUGGACUUUCGCCAAUUCAGAAACUUCAUUUCAAGGUGCGCAAGGAGGGCCAGGGUUACUUCAACCAAGGUGUUCUUACGCGCCUGAGCCGGCCCGUUAGCGAUCGUGAUUUUUGCCGUGCGAUUGAAACCAUCAUCAAGCGACACUCCAUGCUUCGAGCCCGUUUUACGGAGAUGAAUGCUGAGGGAGGAGCGCGACAGUACAUCACUGAAGACAUUGAUGGGUCCUACCGUUUCCGCUCGCACAAUGAGACCAGCGAUGACGAGAUCCAACAGGCCAUUUCAAAUAGCCAAUCAUGCAUCGAUGCGUUUGCCGGUCCAAUGAUUACAGCUGAUCUCUUCCACGUUAAUGAUGGAGACGACUUCCUUUCGAUGACUGCCCAUCAUUUAGUGGUUGAUAUCGUUUCAUGGAGGAUCAUAUUAGAGGACUUGGAGGAGCUUUUGCUCAACCCAAGCGAAGAUUUGCCACAAAGCGGCUCUCUUCCAUUUCAGACCUGGUCCCAGCUACAGGAGAAGCAAGCGCAGGAAGUCGCAGCCAAGGGCCAGAAAGAACUGGACAGCCUUCCUGACCCCGAGUUCGCUUACUGGGGAUUGGAGAAUCACCAAACUACAUACGGAGACGUUGACUGCGAAACGUUCGAAAUGAGCCCAGAAGACACGCGCGCCCUUCUGAUGGAGUGCCAUAAAAGUCUUGAGACCGAACCGAUCGACAUUUUUCUCGCGUCUCUCCUCUACGGAUUUCGAAAAACGUUUACCGAUCGACCAUUGCCCGCGGUUUACAAUGAAGGUCACGGAAGAGAAGUUUGGGAUCCCACAAUAGACAUUUCACGUACCGUCGGGUGGUUUACAAUUUUGCAACCCAUUUUGAUUGCAAAUAUUGCAUUGGAUGACCCUGUUGAUGCAGUCAUUCAGGUUAAAGACCUUCGACGCCGUGUUUCGGACAAUGGACGACAAGACUUCGCACGUCGUGUCCUCGGAGUCGGGGCCCAAAAAUGUGAUCAUCCUGGGCCCAUGGAGAUUUCGUUCAACUACGUCGGCCAGCAUCGGGACUUGCAAAGAAAAGACGGUCUGUUUCAUCUCGUGAAUCAGAUGGCUGGUGAGACUGGCCGGGGAGGCGGAGCUGCCGACUUUGGUGAAGAGACUCCUCGUUUUGCGCUCUUCGAGAUAUCAGCACUUGCCGUACAUGGAUGCUUGCGUUUCAGUUUCUCUUUCAACAGAUACAUGGAACAUCAGAACUUGAUUCGGGCUUGGGUAGCAUCCUGCCAGGAUACCUUGAAAUACCUCGGCAACAAACUGCAAUUCCUAAAGCCAAGACCUACGUUAAGCAGCUUUCCACUACUGUCGCUCAAUUAUGGAGAGCUGGAGACAAUCCUCUCAAAGAGACUCUCGAGUAUGGGAAUACACUCCCCCGAUCUGGUGGAGGACAUCUACCCAUGCUCGCGCAUGCAGGAGGCUAUACUCCUCAGCCGCUUUCGUGGCGAUGAUGGCUUCUACGCUGUUCAUGGUACCAUGGAAGUGAAAAGUAUGGAGGGCAAACCAGAUGCCAAUCGUCUGGCGCUCGCGUGGAAAAAGGUCGUUUCUAGGCACCCAAUGCUCCGAACUAUCUUUGGGGAGAAUUUUACCAGCCAGAACUUGUUUUGUCAAGUUGUUCUCAAGACAUUCGAUGCCCGCCCUACCUUUGUGAAGUGUUCGAGCGCUAGUGAUGUGCUGGCAAUCCUUGAUCAACAACCGCCAAUGAAUUAUCAUGAACACCAACCAUCCCACAGGCUUACAGUCUGCGAAACAGCAAAUGGUAGGCUAUUCUGCAGAAUUGAGAUGAGUCAUACCUCAAUGGAUGGCUCGUCUAUUUCCCUGAUCUUCCGCGAUUUGCAGUUGGCAUACAGCGAAAAGCUGGAUGAUCACAAGCCGGUGUUCAAAAAUUUCAUCGACUACCUCCAGAGCACACCCCAGCAGAAUACCAUGGAUUACUGGUGCUCGUACCUGUCAAAGCUCAAGCCCUGCCACUUGCCCGUACUUACCGAUGGCGAAUCUACUCCUAAGCAGCUGAAAACCAUGCGGUUGAAAUUCGAACUGCUCGAAGAACUGCAGAGAGUCUGUGAGCAGGAUGGAUUGACGCUAUCAACUGCUUUUAGCACGGGCUGGGGUCUUACGCUCAAGUCCUUCUGCAACAACGACGACGUCUGCUUUAGCUACAUGGCUUCUCUCAGAGAUUUGCCUGUCGAAGACAUUGAGUCGGUUGUUGGUCCUGUCAUUAGUUUGUUAGCUUGCCGGAUGAACGCCUCGGGUAGCAUACCACUCAGAGAGGCCUUGCACCAGGUUCAGAACGAUUACAUGGAGCAGCUGCCCUACAAACACGCAUCACUCAUCGAUAUUCAGCACUCUUUGAAGCUAUCGGAAACGCUAUUCAAUACUGGAAUUUCUUUCAGAAAGCUCCCAAGUUUCAAGAAUUCGCCCAAAGAGGCAAUUGAGUUCGAAGAGCUUGGAACAAUCUAUGACCCGGCAGAAUUUCCAGUUUUUAUCAAUGUUGAAGUGACUGAUGACGAAGUCUGCCUGGAUUUCAAUUACUGGACAACAGCCCUGUCAGAUGUUCAAGCGCAAAGUGUCGCUCGCACCUUCCUCAAACAUCUGGAAAACAUCGUUUAUUUCCAGAACAAGGAAAUCGGCUCCUUGGACGGAAUGAGUGAUUGGGCCCUGAAUCUAAUCACAAUGUGGAAUCGUCGGGUUCCACAUUUUAUUCAAAAUUCUGUUCACGAGGUCCUUGAUGAGAAGGCUAAGCUGCAACCCAAUGCCCUGGCAGUUGUGGAUGGAGAUGGCAGUUUUACAUACGCUAAGAUCAAUGAGUUGUCUUCAACUCUUGCAACUUAUUUGAUCAAGCUCGGUGUCAGCCCUGGGGCUUUGGUCCCAAUUGAUUUCGGGAAAACGAGUUGGCAAAUUAUCUCCGUGCUAGCAGUCUUGAAGGCAGGUGGUAUUUGUGUCCCGAUGGGUGAAAAUUGCAUACAAAACAUCGACCAAUGGGUUAUCGACAAUGAAGCGCAGGUUGCCCUUGCGGCUCCUACCAGGGCACAUUUUCUUGAGGGAACUGUCCCAUAUGCUAUUCCCGUGGGGAGCUCCCUCUUUAAAUAUCUUCCAAGCUUGAAUGGGGAGGCUGAUUUCUCCAUCGACUCGUCAAAUGAUGCCUAUGUGGUUUUCACUUCGGGAGAAACUUCGACACCCAGGCCUGUUGUUCUAAAUCAUCUGAAUAUCCUCGCAAGAGCCAAAGCAUUUGCUUCAGCGCUUGGCAUAGAUGAGAAGACGCGGUUCUUCCAGUACUCUGCGUACACAUCCGCCAUGUUCAUCGAGGAGGUCUUCAGUGCACUUCUGCAUGGCGGUUGUCUUUGCAUUCCAUCUGACAACAGCUACGAGAACCUUCCAGUUUCAGUGAAUGCAUUAAAUGCGAAUUGCAUCAGCAUAACGCCAUCUGUCGCUUCCUACCUGCAGCCAUUAGAUGUUCCGGAAGUUCAUACCCUUGCAUUGUUGGGAGAAGUCUCGCCGACAAGCCUGAAUGAGAUUUGGUCCCCCAAGGUUCAACUACAUACUUUCUAUGGCACAGCAGAGAGCUCUUCAACUUCGAUACACAAACCAAUUACCACUGCUUCGCUGAAUGAGCCUCUUAUGGGAUCAAGAAACGGUUGCCUGGCCUGGAUUGUUGACCCCAGUGAUCAUGAUUCUCUGGUUCCUAUAGGAUGCACUGGUGAACUUGUGCUAGAGGGGCCUGUUGUUGCUAAUGGCUACUUGAAUGGGGAUAAAAACCCAGCAGGUGAUUUUAUCGAGCGUCCCAGAUGGAUUGUGGCGUUGGAGCAAACCGCCGGACAUCGUGAUGAAGAGAAUCCUGAUCAGACAAAAGAGGGUCGGCGCAUGUUUAAGACGGGUGACCUGGCUCGUUACAAUUCACAUGGGUCACUUGUGUUCAUGGGAAGAAAGGCCACAGAGACUGGACCAUUAUCACAGACGCAUAUGUGGCAAAUGGAGCAGCGCAUGAACUCAUUUCUCUCACCUCAGCACUGCUGCGCUGUGGAGAUGAUUGAUUACGAGCAUGAACCUCGGAAUGGCCCGUCUGUCUUCUUACUUUUCGAGAAAGACAACGAUGCUGUUGCUGGAGACAGCCGAGCACUAAUCUCUGGAGCAUCUUCCCAAUUCAAAGAUAUGGCUUCCAAGCUUCAUACUCAUCUGUCGAGGUCUUUGCCUUCGAGUCAUGUCCCAGCUCUGUACUUCCCAAUCUCUCAAAUACCCUUGAAUCAGGCCAGAAAACUCGAUCGUCAAGCAUUGAGAAGCUCGGCCCGAUGUCUAUCUGCUGAUGCUCGAUUGGAGUUCAAUUUCAAGGCCUACUCCAACAGCACAGACAUAGAAUACUGGAAGGAAUGUUUGGCCGAUGUUGAGCCAUGCAUGUUGCAUGCAUUGCCAUCUAGGGCACCCCGUGACGGUUUCGGAUCCACUGAACUAACUAUUUCUUCUGCGUAUAACCUGCAUGCAUUCUGCCAAAAUGCCGAAGUGGACCCCAAUAUGCUUCUCCAAGUCGUUUGGGGCUUGGUUUUGAGAAGUUACACGGGUCUACAGGAUGUCUGUUUCGGGCAUAGAAACAGCAAUAUUCUUACUUGCAGACUACGGCUAAUGGACGAUGUCAAGCUUGGAGAAGUUGUUAAAUCAAGGCAGCAGGAGCUCAAGAAGAUGCUGCACCAUUCCCUUCCCUUGAGCGUGGUUCAACGGGAACUUGCAAUUGACGACACCACCCUAUUCAACACAAUAUUUAGCACAGAUGAGAUAGGUGUGGUCUCCAACGAAAAGCUCCACUCAGGUAACUACAUGAUUGCUGUCCACGCAGAAGUCAAAAAAUGGGUGGGGAAGGUUGUUUUCACAUAUAGAAAGGAGGCGUUGGCAGAUGACAGCAUUGCCAAUAUCGUUGGUUGCUUCGACCGAGUUCUUCAUUCUGUCAUUACACUUGGCAACAAUGGCAUUGUUGGUGAGGUUGAAUUCUUCAAUGAUGCUUCACGUCAGAAGCUACUCGAAUGGAAUGCCACACUAUCUGAGCGACCCGACAAGUGUACACAUGAGAUCAUUGGACAGCGGGUUCUGGAACGCCCAUCAGCCCAGGCGAUCUGCUCUUGGGAUGGUGAUUUCACAUACGCCGAGAUUGAUCUCUUAUCCAGCAGGCUCGCGAGCCACCUAAGAUGCUUGGGUGUCAAACCUGAGGUAUUCGUGGCAAUGUGCUUUGAGAAGUCAGCCUGGGCGAUAAUAGCACAACUGGCGGUUCACAAAGCAGGAGGAGCAUUUGCCUCCAUGGAUCCUAGUCACCCGGAAAGUCGACUGAAGGACUUGGUUGAGGACAUCGGUGCCAAGAUCAUCCUGUGCUCUUCCAAGUACUUCGACAAAGCUUCCCAAAUUUGCGGUACACCAUUUGCUGUCUGCGAGGACAGCAUAAUGCAACUCCCGAGCCACGUUCCUCUUGAAUCAGCUCUAAGCCCGACUGUGGACAAUGCAGCAUAUGUUAUCUUCACUUCGGGAACGACAGGAAAGCCGAAAGUGACAGUACUUGAGCAUGUUGGACUUGCGUCAUGUUAUACCGAAUUCGCUAAAGCGCUGAAUUUCAGCUCAGACACUCGCAUGCUCCAAUUUUCAAGUUUCACAUUUGACGUCAGCGUCCUUGAAACGAUGGUUGUCCUCAUGUUAGGCGGCUGUAUCUGCAUGCCAUCCGACAACGACCGCCUGAAUGACAUGGCUGGAACGAUCCGGAGACGACAGGCCAACACCAUAAGCUCCACUCCAACUAUUAUCAACAAUUUGGAUCCCAAGAGUGUCCCUGCGCUGACCACAAUUAUUUGCGGCGGGGAGAAAAUGAUGGACAGCCAUAUUCAACCCUGGGCGGACAGAUGCUUUAUUAACGCUUAUGGACCCUCGGAAGCAACCAUCAUCGCCACUUCAAGCAUGAAAGUUAACGGAGAUGGAAGGCGUCUCGAUGUUGAUAGCAGCUCAAUUGGCACUGCCACCUUGGGCAGAACGUGGAUCGUUGACCCACAUGACCAUCACCGUCUCCUUCCCGUCGGUGCUGUCGGGGAGCUUGUGUUAGAAGGCUGCAAUGUUGCCCGAGGAUAUCUCAACAAUGAGCAGAAGACGAAACAAGCCUUCAUUCGCGAUCCUGAAUGGGUCAAGCACGAUGGCUUGAAGAAUAUCCUUGCGAAACGAGAACGCAUGUAUCUCACUGGAGACCUUGUUUACUAUAGCCCUGAUGGCACGAUCCAGUUCGUCUCACGCAAGGACACUCAAAUUAAGUUGAACGGUGUCCGAAUUGAAGUGGAAGAGAUCGAGCAACAAUGCAUCUCGCAUUUGCCUCCAAAUACCAAAGUGGCUGUUGAAGUGAUUGUCCCGAAGGAGAAGACGAUGGCAAAGUGCCUGGGGGCCUUUUUCACCAUUGAAGAAGAAAAUUUCGCGCCGGGCGCAGCUUCUCAGCUCUUGCUGUCCAUGUCAGAGGAGAUUGCUGAGACAGUGAAAACCCUGCAAGCCUGUUUACGGGAAACUCUGCCAUUAACUAUGAUGCCGAAGCUUUUCUUUCCAUUGCGACGCUUGCCUUUAUCUUCGACAGGCAAGCUUGAUCGCAAAGCUCUUCACGCCAUAAUCGAAUCCCUGUCCAAGAAACAACUCCUGAGCUACAGCAGCAUCAGUGGUGGUAAGAAGCAAGCUUCCCAAGGUGGGGUUUCCGGUGAGCUUCAGGGGCUCUGGGAGGAAGCCCUCGGUCUUGCACCGGGCUCUGUUGGCGCUGACGAUAGCUUUUUCGGACUUGGUGGUGACUCUUUCUCGGCCAUGAAGCUUGUCGGAUCCGCGCAUUCUCGUGGAAUUUCACUCAGCGUGGCCGAAAUGUACGCCAACCCGACCUUGACGGACAUGGCAAAAUGUUGUGGAACUUCGGAAAAGAACACUGGUAACACGAAUGUGGAGCCUUUCAGCUUGCUGUCUGAUUCUACUUCUCGUGAGGAAAUUCUGGCGGAUGUGUCUGAUCAAUCGUCGGUCCCACAAGAAUCAAUAUCCGAUAUUUACCCCUGCAGCCCGGUUCAGGAGGGUCUUCUUGCAUUGUCUCUCAAACAAGAAGGAGCAUACAUUGCACAGCCAGUGUUCCAACUCUCGGACGGACUGGAUCUCGAAAAAUUCAAGGCAGCAUGGCAGGAGACCGUGAAUGAGUUGGACAUACUUCGAACGCGUAUCGUGCAUACCGAUUCCAUGGGCUUCCUUCAGGCAGUGCUCAAGAAAGAGUCAAUCUCAUGGACCGUUGCAGGUACAGUUGACGAGGCCCUAGAUAGCGCUUUUGGGCUGUCAAACCACAACGGAGGCCGACUGGUGAGCUAUGCAAUUGUUCAAUCCGAGAAUUUCGCGACACGUUACUUUGUCUGGACCGUUCAUCACGCUCUUUACGAUGGAUGGAGCGUGCCGCUGAUUCUCCGAAGAGUUGAGGAGAUGUAUCUGAAUGCGUCGACCAAGAAGACAACAUUGCCGUACAAGAAUUUCAUCAGCUAUCUUGAGAACAAGGAUAUGUCCGAAUCAGAUGAUUUUUGGAGGUCUCAACUGUCGAAUCUGUCUUGCUCUCCAUUUCCCCAAAACAAGUCAUCUUCCCCAGAUGCUGUGCGGGUGGGCAAUCGGCACCACAGCAGCAUUGCCAUCUCUCGAUCCCCUAAUACUCUAGGUUUGACGCUCCCUGAGAUUAUCCGCGCUGCUUGGGCUAUUGUGGUAUCUGUCCACACCAGCUCCAGCGAUGUCUGCUUUGGUGAGACUUUGAUGGGUAGAAACAUUGCUCUUCCGGGCGUUACGGAUAUCGCUGGACCCGUUCUGACUACGGUUCCAACGCGUGUUCAAGUUGACAACGGUGUUUCGGUUACUCAAUACUUGCAAAAAGUCCGAGAACUGACUACUAUGACCAUUCCACAUCAACAUUCCGGGCUGCAGCGCAUUCGAAACCUUAGUGGCGAUUCCUCCAUUGCUUGCGACUUCCAAAAUCUUCUCGUAAUUCAGUCAGAGGAGGGUGGCCUUGAUAAAUCUAUCUGGGCUUUUGGAGACGGCCAAACUAGUGGUGACUUCUUCACACACCCCCUGACUGUUGAGUGCAAGAUCAAUGAAUCUAUUCUGGGUAUAACCCUCCAUCAUGACGAGGUUGUUCUGGAUAGCUGGUUGGCUGAAAGGCUUAUUCACCAAUUCGGUUAUGUUAUUGAGCAAUUGCUAGCGGUUUCUAGUGACGACCUUCGCAAAGUUGGUGAUCUUGACCUGCUCAGCGCUUUUGACAAGAAGGAAAUCUCUCUGUGGAAUCAGAGAGAUGUCCCUGCCGUCGAGAGGUGUGUCCACGAGAUCAUCAAAGAUAAUUGCACAAUUCAGCCGAAGGCUAAGGCUGUCUGCGCUUGGGACGGCGAGCUUUCCUACAAGGAACUACAUGAUCUUGCCUCCUCUUUCGCGACUUACCUUUGUUCUCGUGGAGUUGUACCAGAGAUGUUGGUGCCUAUUUGCAUGGACAAAUCCCUUUGGGUGGUCGUUUCAAUACUUGGCGUUCUCAUUGCUGGAGCAGCAUAUGUCCCACUGGAUCCUUCUCAUCCGACAUCAAGACAUAGUGAGAUUAUUGAAGAGGUGGAAGCUCGGGUCAUUCUUUGCUCUCCACAAUAUCGCAAGCGCUACGCAGGACUCGUCAAGACAAUCAUCCCUGUCAGCAAGGAGACCAUCAGGGCGUAUAGUGCUUUGAGCACCGAGACCAAAAGUAUUCACACAGCUCAGCCUUCAAACAUGGCAGUUUCGAUUUUUACAUCUGGCAGUACAGGCCGUCCCAAGGGGAUCAUUCUUGAUCAUCGGGCGCUUGCCAGCAGCGGCCUGGCUUUUGGUCCUGUGGUAAACAUGAACCACCAAUCCCGGUGCUUCCAGUUCGCGUCACUGGCAUUUGAUGCGGCAAUUCUGGAAAUCAUCAUUCCUUUAAUGCAUGGAGCUUGUAUAUGCAUUCCCAGUGAAGAGGAGCGUUUGAAUGAUGUUGUCGGCGCCAUCCAACGCAUGAACGUUACCUGGACUUUCUUGACCCCUUCGAUCGCCAGCAUCAUCGAGCCUUCAACUGUACCGUCGCUGGAGGUCCUGGUAUGUGGUGGAGAAAAACUGUCACGAGAAGUGAUAAUUAAAUGGGCUCAUUGUGUGAAACUCAUGAAUGGAUACGGUCCAACGGAGACUACUAUCUUCGCCGUGAUCAACCCAGAGGUUUCUCUCAACACGGAUGCCGCUUGUAUCGGAAAUGCAAUCCCCUGCACUUUGACUUGGAUCGUGGAUCCUGAAAACCAUGAUCGACUUUCUCCAUUGGGUGCCAUUGGUGAGUUGGCCUUGGAAGGCCCUGCCCUUGCAAGAGAAUACCUCAGAAACCCCGAAAAGACAGCAGAGUCCUUCGUGACUGAACCAGAUUGGAUGAAGAGCUCAAAGCAUUCGCUGCCUUUCCCUCGGAGAAUCUACAAAACGGGCGAUCUUGUCAAGUACAAUCCUGAUGGGUCGAUUGUGUGUAUCGGUCGCAAGGACCAUCAAGUCAAGCUUCACGGGCAGCGCAUGGAGCUCGGAGAGAUUGAGCAUCGUCUGCAUGAGGACUCCCGGAUUCGUCACGUUGUCGUGAUAAUGCCAACAAAGGGGCUCCUCCGACAGAGACUGGUCACUAUCAUGUCCAUGGAGUCGCUCAAUGUCGACAAGAGCAUAUUGUCAGAUGAGACCUGUGAACUAGUCAACCAGCCUACUAUGGAACGUGUCUUACCCGACCUUGUUGACAUCCAGAAGAACCUUGAGAAACAACUGCCUAUCUACAUGGUUCCUCAGACAUGGGCUGUGCUUAAGAAACUACCAAUGCUUGUUUCAGGAAAGCUAGACAGAAAGCGGAUUUCAAGCUGGCUUGAGAAUAUUGACGAACGCAGCUACGGUCGUAUCAUGCAAGAUUAUGACGAUAUUAAGCGAGGAGAGGUUGAGCCCGAAGAGGAAGAAGAGGAUGAUGGCAAAGGAACCUUGCUCAAUACUCUCCGUGAUAUCUUCGCUCAAGUGCUCAGCAUUCCUACAGACAAUAUUGAUCUCAGCCGCUCGUUCGUUAGCCUAGGUGGAGACAGUAUCAUUGGAAUGGCUGUCGUUUCCAAGGCCCGCAAGCAAGGAAUUGAAGUGACAUUGCACAGCGUGCUUCAGAGCAAGUCCAUAAGCGAGCUUGCUGCGAUGUCUAGCGCAAAGACAAAUGCCGUUCAACACAAAGAGAAGUCCGGCGAGUUAUUCGGGCUGUCUCCGAUUCAGAGGCUGUAUUUCGAAUCUGCUUCUGCGUUUGACGGUAGUGCACGCUUCAAUCAAAGCAUGACAGUUCGCAUUUCUCGAAGUAUUAAACCCGACACUUUGAGACAAGCCGUCCAAGCUGUUAUCGAGCGUCAUUCUAUGUUCAGGGCCCGUUUCACCAAGUCACAUGGCGGAAGAUGGCAACAAAAGACCAAGGAUACUGUUGAAAGCUCUUACCGAUUCCGCAUCCACACGGUCAAUAGCCCUAAAGCAGUGUUCCCCCAAAUCGGAGAAAGUCAGCAAAGCCUAGAUAUUGAAAAUGGACCAACCUUUGCUGCCGAUCUGUUCGAGGUUCAAGGCAGCCAGCAAAUCUUGUUCCUUGUGGCCAACCAUUUGUGUGUGGACAUGGUCUCAUGGCGCAUUGUCCUGCAGGAUCUAGAAGAAUUCAUUGAAUCCGGAUCUCUUCACUCCGAAAGGCCAAUCUCAUUCCAAAGCUGGUGUGAAGUGCAGGUUGAGAACAGCAAGAUUGGAAUCAACAACAUUGAGCUUCCUUUCGAAAUGGAGACACCUAACCUGAGCUACUGGGGGAUGGAUGGUGCACUAAAUGUUUAUGGCAAUGCCAAGAUGGAAUCCUUUGCCUUGAGCGAAGAUGCUACUGCAUUAGUUCUUGAGCAUGGUCGACGCAUCCUCCGGGCCGAGGCUAUUGAUGUCGUGCUUUCCACUAUCGUUCAUGGCUUCCGUCAGGUGUUCAAUGACCGAGAUAUCCCGACAAUCUACAAUGAAGGCCAUGGUCGUGAUGCGGAGGAUUCAACUCUCGAUCUUUCAAGGACGGUCGGCUGGUUCACCACAAUCUGCCCGUUGCGAGUCAGCAAGGGCUCAGACAUAAUGGAAACCCUGAAAUAUGUCAAGGACACAAGACGCCAGAUCACCACUGAUGGACAAGCUUAUUUCGCGCAGAACAUGCUCCAUCAAACAGGCGCUACCAAAUUCCCUGUUCCGUUCGAGAUCAUUUUCAACUAUCUCGGCCAGCUUCAGCAACUCGAACGUAACGACUCUCUGUUCCAGCAUUUCGGCAAGACGUUCGACAGUGAAAGACUGGAAGUAGCGGGAGACAUGGGUCCAAAAACACCUCGAUUCGCCCUCCUUGAGGUGUCGGCAAUUAUUGUCAAAGAGAAGCUUCAUGUCUCUUUCACCUAUAACCGACAGAUGAAGCAUGAAAGCCGGAUCCUAGAGUGGAUGGCCGAGUGCAAGAGAAUUCUCGAGGAAGAUUUCCUCUACUCCAAGGAUCGUGUUCCCGAGCCAACCCUCACUGACUACCCUUUGCUCAAUAUGACAUACAAUGGACUAAGGAGGUUGGUCAAAGACACGAUCCCAAGUGUCGGAAUGAAAAGCUGGGAUGAGGUCGAGGAUGUCUAUCCCUGUUCUCCGGUUCAGGAAGGUAUUCUUCUCAGCCAACUUCGUGAUCCGCAGAAAUACAUUUUCCAUGUAAUCUUCGAGGUUCGCCAUCACAAUGAGAGGAAAAGAAUCGACCCAACCCAACUCCGAGACGCAUGGAUGAUGGUGGUAAAUCGCCACCAAGUCCUGAGGACUCUGUUCGUGGACAGCAACUCAAAGGGUGGUUCCUUCGAUCAAUUGGUCAUAAAGUCAGUUGGGGACGAGAUUGUUGAAUUCCAGUGUGAGGACGAUGUGGUGUUCAAGACGCUCGACAGCAUCAAAUUACGCGAUAUCAACGAGAAAAGAUCCUGGAAUCUCCCCCAACAACUCUCGAUCUGUCAAACGACUUCUGGUCGCGUUUUCAUGAAGAUUGAGAUGAACCAUGCUAUCAUUGAUGGUGGAUCCGUUGCUAUCAUUCUGAGAGACCUGGCAUUGGCGUACAAUAACAAUCUUGUCGCAGGAUCAGGACCGCGCUUCAGCGAGUACAUCAAAUAUUCCCGGAAACAAGAUCAAAAGGAGGCAUUGGCAUACUGGAAGAGAUAUUUGUCUGGAGUGGACCCCUGCCAUCUAUCGUUCUCAACCAAGGCAAAGGGUGAACGGCAACUAGGUUCCAUGAUGAUGAAUUUCGACCGUUUCCCCGAACUACAGCAAUUCUGCGAGAAAAACUCGGUCACUCUCGCGACUCUCACUCUCGCUGCCUGGGCGAUUGUCCUUCGGGAAUUCACAGGAUCCAACGACGUUUCUUUUGGAUACCCGUCAGCUGGUCGCGACUCUCCAGUCCCUGGAAUCCAGGACGCGGUUGGAAUUUUCAUCAACAUGUUGUGCUGUCGAGUCAAUUUUGUAUCCAAUCACACUCUUCUUGAUGUCUCGAAAAUGGUCCAGGAAAAUCACAUCAAGAGCAUCCCUCAUCAAAACUGCUCUCUUGCGGAGAUUCAACAUCAGCUUGGUCGUCAAGGCCAGGCGCUUUUCAACACGACUAUUUCAAUUCAGAAUCAUACCGAGUCAAAGGUCGCCAAAAAGGACAUGAUCUCUUUUGAUACUCAGCAUGCGUACGAUCCGACUGAGUACCCCGUGACAGUGAACGUUGAGACCGCGAGGGGCCAUGAGGGUAUCUUGCUCAGGUUCUGGACAGACGCUGUGUCCGAAAGUCAGGCCAAGGAUCUAGCAGAUUCCAUUGCUAAAGUCUUCACCUGUUUCGUUGAGGAGCCAUUCCGACUGGUUUCUGACCUGGCUCUCGCUGAGCCAGCCCACAUCCAUAAUCAACUCCCGAAGGGCCAUGGCCUCCCUGACCUCCAAAUGUUGAAUCACGACUAUCUACAGAGAUUGAUUGAUCAACGGGUGAAUGAAGCCAUCAGCCAAAUGAUCAAAUCAGGGAAGCUCGUUCUCGCCCAAUCUGAUGGCCAGAAUAAGAACCAGCCCAACGAGUAUCAACUUAAGGGCUCUGAUUCUCACCUCCAAGCAGAUGAUACCCAAAAGAUGACUCUCUCAGACUCAGUACCGACCCUAAUGGGCGACAAGGAAACGAGUGAGCUUGAGGGUCGUCUCCGCAAACUCUGGAACACAGCCCUCGGACGGUCUGAAACCGCCAUCAAACAUCAAGACAGCUUUUUCAAGCUUGGUGGCGACAGCAUAACAGCCAUGAAGAUGGUCGGAGUUGCCCGUGAAGAGGGAUUAGUUUUGACUGUGGCCGAUGUCUUCAACAAUCCUGUGUUUGGAGACAUGCUGGCGAUUCUCAGCGCUAGAGACAGUCCAGCAAGCUCAAGUGCCAGCACACCACCUCUGACUCCUGAAAAUGAGAAAGCCAUUGAGACUCCGUUUAUUCUUUCCAGACCUGAGACGCCCAACGAGCUAACGGUCUUGAGAUCAUCGGAAGUUGAUUCUUCUUCCCUUCGCGCGGGAAUCAGUCCUAAGAUUGGUGUCUUCCGGGGAGGUAUUGCCGAUGUCCUUCCAGUAACAGACUUCCAGGCUCUAUCCUUGACCGCGAGUCUUUUCAAAUCACGAUGGAUGCUUAACUACUUCUUCCUCGAUGGCCAGGGACCACUGGACAUCCGAAGACUCAGAGAAAGCUUCCUGCGCGUUGUCGAUGCAUUCGACAUUUUGCGCACAGUCUUCGUGUGCUUCCAUGGCCAGUUCUUCCAGGUCAUUCUACGCAAGGUACGGCCGGAAAUCUUCGUGUGCGAAACAGACAAGAGUCUGGAUGAUUAUACCGAAUCUCUGCAGCAGCAAGACCGCGCGCAGAUCCCACGUCAAGGGGAACAGUAUGUGCAAUUUCACAUUGUUAAAAAGAAGAUGAGUGACCAGCACCGCAUUUUGGUUCGCAUGCACCAUGCCCAAUUCGAUGGUGUGUGCCUUCCAAGAAUCAUGUCUGCCAUUAAGACAGGUUAUGAAGGCAGCGCGAUCCCUCCAACCACAUCCUUCUCGAACUACAUGCGGGUUCUCCCUGCAUCGAUCACUCCGGAACACUAUCAGCACUGGAAAGCGCUCCUUAAGGGAUCUCAAAUGACGGAAAUCAUCCGACGCGAAGCCCCCAACAACUUCCGACACAUCGGUGCCUUCACCGAGCAGAAGAAAACCAUCCAUUUCCCGCCAACAGUCCUUGAGAAUGUCACCAUCGCAACUGUCAUGCAAUCCGCAUGGGCCAUGACACUGGCCAAGCUCACCGCUCAUGCAGACGUCGUCUUCGGUCUUACCAUCAGCGGCAGAAACGCCACUAUCCCCGGCAUUGAAGCCACUGUUGGGCCCUGUCUCAAUCUAAUCCCCGUCCGCGUCAAGUUUGGCGAGCGCUGGACUGGCCUGGAUCUCUUCCGCUAUCUCCAGGACCAGCAGGUUGCCAACAUGCCCUACGAAUCCCUGGGCUUCCGGGAGAUCAUCCGGCACUGUACGGACUGGUCUGACUCCACCCACUUCACGACGUCCGUCUUCCACCAGAAUGUCGAGUACGAGGGCCAGAUGCAAUUAGACGAUAACCACUACCGCAUGGGCGGCGUCGGCGUCAUUGACAACUUCACCGACCUCAACCUCUUCUCCAAGGGCUUUCCCAACCAGCAGAAGCUCGAAAUCUCUCUUGGGUACUCUCUCAAGGGUCCCAUCCAGUCCCCAUUUGCCACUGAGGUUCUUGAAAUGGUCUGCGAGACCGUACAAAACCUCAUCUCCAACCCCAAUAUCCCUCUCCCUUCCCCAUCUACCUUCCGCACCCUCUCCUGCCAAGUCGUCAACGAUCUCCCUCGGUCCUCCGACGAGGUCUUCCUCUCCUCCAACCUCAACAGCCGCAGCAUCUCCGAGAUCCUCGUCCACUCAGACCUUCUCACUCAGACCUGGCGACAAGUUCUCUCAUCCAACAGCAACAAUGCCCACCGAGCCAGAGGUACAGGCAACGAUCAGAACCCGUACCAGCUCAACUCUUCCUUCUUCGAUCUCGGCGGCGACAUCCUCAGCAUGGCGCAGGUCGUCUGGUUACUCGAACAAGAGGGACUCCAGGUCCGACUGGAAGAUCUGCUCGAGCAUCCCACUUUCCUCGGGCAAUUGGCUGUCCUGACUCUGCACAAUGAUCGCGCGGACAGACAAAAUGAGGACGCAGUGAGGAAUGAAACCAACAGCAACAACCACAUUGCACCGUCGAAUGAGCUCACUACGUCAUCACCUGCUCCGGACACAUCUUCGGCGUCUGUCUCGUCCAAGGCAUUGACGAAAAAGGAGACAUGGAAUCCGCUCGGUAGGGCCUUUACUUUGGCCCGGAAAUUCACGAAAUGGGGGUCUGUCUCAUCGAGGAAUUGAUUAAGAUUGGUUGAUGCCUUCGUUCACCCAUUGGGGUGUUGGAGUAUCGUCUAUCCUUUAUUGCCUUUCUUUGGUUUGGUUAUGGUUUGGUUCUUGAUGCUGGGUUUACUUGCAUAUAUGCAUGCAUGCCUUUUGACAUCUGUGUCUUGUCUUGAUUUGAGUUGAUUUUGACAGCUCCCUGUCUUUGUUUCCUAUGUGCGUAUAUAAUCUGCGAUCUCGCAUCUGUCUGUCCUUUAUACACGUUUACUUUAUUUACUAGAUUUGAUUGUAUUUUUUUUAAUAGAUUCAUAUUCACAUU